UCCAUCCACCACAUCAAGCUCAAGGAGCAAGCAGCACCACAUGUGUUUUGAUUUUUUACUGUAGUAAAUUGGACUUUUUGAAAGAGUGAUGGAUUAUCAAUGGAUUCAAAACGUUUACUUUUUCUACGAAACGAUCAGUUUGGAACUUACAUAAGUUUAUUUAUGUGUACUUGUCAAUCCUGAGCUGAUUAUAUGUAGGUUAGAUUUGCGCAAAACUUGAAUCAUGGUCUCGCAGGCUAAGUUUUCUGAGAUGAGGUCUCAGUUUUCUAACCGGGACGCGCAACUCAAACCACCACCGCCGAAAAAGCCUCGGCAGAAAAUAAAUCUGCAAUAUUCGCAGUUAAACGUGCAAACCGUUGGUGCCUCAUACAGCCAAGCUUCUACCCUUACGGAUGCCCCGGCAAAUCCAGCAGACACGCCAAAGGCCGAACCGGACACUGGUUGGAACUGGUCCGACGAUGAUGAUGACAUAGACACAUCCGAACUGGAUGCCUUGCUGUCCCAGUACGAGAGGCCUCCAGAUCCGUUGGUUCAGAAGCAAGAUUUGACCAUCAAGAACCAGCGGGAGCAACCAAAGGUCACUGCAAAGCCACCAGUCAAAGUUGAGGCUAAGAACAAGGUGACUGUUGUGGAACAAAAAAUUCAAAAGCACAAAGAUGAAGUGCAGAAGAAUGACGUGAAGAUAAUUAAAAAGCAGGAUUUGAAAGUGAAUAGUAACGACGCUACAGUUUCUACAACUUGUUCAGCUGUCUCAUCAAGGAAAAUCUCAAGUUCGAAAGAGUUGGCAAGGGCUGAAAAAAUUCCUGAAUCCUCGGAAGAUGUAGUCGAUGGCAAUAGCUCUCUUUUAGACUUCCACUUUAAAGUUGUAGAAAGCUCGUCAUGGAAAUUUUCUAAAAGUUUACCAGACGAAGAGUAUGUUAACACCAUGCAGUUAUUCUUGACUGAAGUGCCAAAAACUGAGACUCUCUUUGCUGACCUUUUUCGAGAAUUAAUGAGCGUUCCUCACUACAACCAAAGAAGUUGCAUAGCUAAAGAUUUUCAACAUUAUUGGGAAGAGCUUAGUGUUGUUUCUUGUGAGAGUUAUGGACAUGAGGGAGCUCGAGACAUUAGUCAACAGCUGCAAAAGCUUUCAGGUCUCCUAAAAACACCACAUCUUAUUUCAAAAUUGGCCAUCAGUCGGACCUGCGAGUUUGAUGGGAUCAGUUUUUGUGACAAUACAGACCUGCCUCUGGUGCUCAACACUCCUCUGAUCUUGCAGCAAGUGGCUCAAAUCUGUGAUAUUAUUGCUGUUCGAAGCGACUUUUUCUCCUUCGGGCCACUCAUUUGUGCAUCAAUAAAUUUCUCCACUAGUAUUCUUCUCCAUCAGAAUAAUAAUGAUUUGCAAGGUCUAUGUUGCUGGAUCUUGCGCAGAUGUGCCAAAAUCAAGCCGAUACCCUGCGUCCUUAUCAGCUUAGUGAGUGCCGUCCAAUCAAUCAUUUCAGUCAACCCUGAGAUCCUGACAUCAAGCUGCAGCCACGAAAGCUCGGUGGCUUGCCUUGUUAGUGAAAUUAUUAAAAAUCUGACUGUGAUUGUCUUUGAUGAGAAUGUUUCAAACGGACAAAGGCAAAAAAUACCAGACCAAUUUUUGCAAGGGCUGAGAAAUAGCUGUCCACAGAAACAGCUGUUUGCUUCUCGAGUGGCUGAAAAGUUGAUCGAGUUGAUGUCAAGCUUGCAUUUUGCUCAUAUCAGCAAAGUUCCCUCUUGCCUAUCAUUGGUUGGAUCUACCGAGUGCCUAAAAUGCAUAUUCGCGCUUCUUGCUAGGAUUUUAAUCAGGAACAGUGUCCGCCACAGGCCAGAUGAGAAAAAAGAUGAGCUUGCUGCUAGGUUUUCACUAGUUAUGUGGUGGCUUUCGUCAGCAAAUGGAAAAUUUGUGGAUUUGACUGAAAAUCUCCGUGCUGAGCUUUACUACUUUUUGUCCACUCUUGCUAAAAAGAAACUAGGAUCUCUGACUGGUGAAGCAGUAAACAACUUGCUCUCUACCUAUGGGACAUGGAGCGUCAAGAAAAAUGGCAAUCAAGAAGAAACGCAUCGCAUUGCUUCUGAAUCCUCCACCCCACUAUCUCCUCCCAACUGUAAAGAGACAUUGAGUUGUAAUUCAGUCGUGAAAACUGGGUCAGUGGAUACAGUGAGUGCUUCAACAUCAAAAAUUGAAGCUGAAAAUGCUUCUCCUAAACCACGUUCCAACAAAAAGCUUUCGCUCAAACUUCGAAAAUGAUUGAACAUUUUGUUACAUCAGCAUUUAAUUCUUAUACCCUUAUUUUAUAAACAAUUUUAUAGUGCCUUCUAUAUCUCUCUAUCUGUGUCUAUCUAUGGCAAAUAAAUUUGGAAUAUUUUUUUUAUUC